GAGCCGGCCGCGGCCUGCAGAGAAAUCCCGGAGCGUGUGGAAAGUGCGAGCGCGGAAGCUCCGGCGCGAGGGGCGGGGCGAGCGCGGGACAAAGGGAAGCGAAGCCGGAGCUGCGGGCGCCUUUUCGGCCCGCGGUGUCUCAGAUUCAUUCUUAAGGAACUGAGAACUUAAUCUUCCAAAAUGUCAAAAAGACCAUCUUAUGCCCCACCUCCCACCCCAGCUCCUGCAACACAAAUGCCCAGCACACCAGGGUUUGUGGGAUACAAUCCAUACAGUCAUCUCGCCUACAACAACUACAGGCUGGGAGGGAACCCGGGCACCAACAGCCGGGUCACGGCAUCCUCUGGUAUUACGAUUCCAAAGCCUCCAAAGCCACCAGAUAAGCCGCUGAUGCCCUACAUGAGGUACAGCAGAAAGGUCUGGGACCAAGUAAAGGCUUCCAACCCUGACCUAAAGUUGUGGGAAAUUGGCAAGAUUAUUGGUGGCAUGUGGCGAGAUCUCACUGAUGAAGAGAAACAAGAAUAUUUAAACGAAUACGAAGCAGAGAAGAUAGAGUAUAAUGAAUCUAUGAAGGCCUAUCAUAAUUCCCCUGCAUACCUUGCAUAUAUUAAUGCAAAAAGUCGUGCAGAAGCUGCUUUAGAAGAAGAGAGUCGACAGAGACAGUCUCGCAUGGAGAAAGGAGAACCUUAUAUGAGCAUUCAGCCUGCUGAGGAUCCAGAUGAUUAUGAUGAUGGCUUUUCAAUGAAGCAUACAGCCACUGCCCGUUUCCAGAGAAACCACCGCCUCAUCAGUGAGAUCCUCAGUGAAAGCGUGGUACCUGAUGUGCGGUCGGUUGUCACAACAGCUAGAAUGCAGGUCCUCAAGAGACAGGUCCAGUCUUUAAUGGUUCAUCAGCGAAAACUAGAAGCUGAACUUCUUCAGAUAGAGGAACGACACCAGGAAAAGAAGAGGAAAUUCCUGGAAAGCACGGAUUCCUUUAACAAUGAACUUAAAAGGUUAUGCACUCUGAAGGUGGAAGUAGACAUGGAGAAAAUUGCAGCUGAAAUUGCACAGGCUGAGGAACAGGCCCGCAAAAGGCAAGAGGAGAGGGAGAAGGAGGCAGCAGAGCAAGCCGAACGUAGUCAGGGCAGCAUCGCCCCUGAGGAAGAGCAAGUGGCGAACAAAGCCGAGGAGAAGAAGGAUGAGGAGAGCAUCCCUAUGGAGACAGAGGAGACACACCUGGAAGAAACGACAGAGAGCCAACAGAAUGGUGAAGAAGGCACUUCUACUCCUGAGGACAAGGAGAGUGGGCAGGAAGGGGGUGACAGCAUGGAGGUAGAAGGGACCAGUGAUAGUAAUACUGGCUCAGAGAGCAACAGCGCAACAGUAGAGGAACCACCCACAGACCCCAUGCCCGAAGAUGAGAAGAAGGAAUAAAUGUUGCCUUGUUUUAUGUGUCCUAAAACUUUUUUAAAUGAAAAAACAAGUUGCUUUUUUUUUUUUUUGGUUUUAAUGGUGUUAUGUGGUCUGUGUAUUAAUUAUUUCCUUUUCCAUUGAUACCACCAAAGUCUCUCCAACUAUCAACAUCAUAGCCUAAUGUCAGGCCCGUACGUUUCUUAGCUUUCUGGAAAUGGCCCUUUCCCUUUGGAUACUGUUGGUAGCUCUCAACUUGUGAAGCCUCAGAACCGAAAUAAUCCAGAAUUAUCUUUGAUGCUGCAGAAUCUACUCUUACAAAUGCCUUCCUUCAUCUCACUUGGGUGCCCACCAGAGCCAUAGCUUUAACCCUUCCCAGCCCUGUCCAUCUUGUGUCCUUGUAGAGAGGGCCCUCUUGAGAACAUCAUGUGAAUGUUUGUUCACUUACCCUUUUUAUUUCUAAUGUCAGAUACCAGGAGUUCUCCUACAGGGUAGAAUGUCCUGAAACUAACUACUGCUGCAGAAACGUCUCCAUGGUAGAGUAGUUACUGGUGUGAGGUCAUUAAAGCGAGCACAGCAUGUGCACGUUAUCUGUAGUGCUUUUCAUUCUAGUUGAUACAGGAUGUGUCCUGGGAAAUUCAUCCUUACUGUACAGGGGUAAAGAAAUGCGUUUUUACCAUGUUGGUUUUCCAAAGACAUGAUAGACAACGGAGCUUAAGGGAUGGUCUAAGAAUGGACCACAUACUUCAGAGUGAUAACCCAGUCAGAAGAAAACAGGAAUGAAGUUUAUCCACUUGAACAUACUUUACAGUGAUGAAACCUCAAGGCUUGAGAUUCCAUAGAUCACAGCCUACCUUUUUGAUAAGCCCUUAUUAGUCUUAGAGACCAGAAACAAGAUAGUUUGUAGUAUGUGCUUCCUAAAACCUAGGAUAGAUUUUUACUGAAUAGUGGUAUAUAUGAUGGUAUAUGUUUCUUAAAGGUCCAAACAUAAUAAAGAAAUGAAGACAAA